UUACUCCGGUCUUUCGCCCGUCUGCCAUCGGCGCUUUUUCUUUACGCAAGUUGUCGUGCACUUUAAACUUUUAUCUGCUAAAUUAACAAAAAUGGAAGAUUCUACAUCAAAUAUCGGUUUUAUUGAUUCGGAAACGUUACAAGAAGAAUUUGGCGACGAUGUAGACAGUGAGACAUUGCAAAGACUGAUGCAAGUUUGGUUGAAAAAGAUUCACUUGAAAUCAGCCGAGUUCAACGCUUUUAGUGAAAUUAUGCUGGCUAAGAUGGAGGUGCAUUUGGCAAUGAAGGAGCUAAAGGUAUCCAUUUUCAAGAAGACCACGAGAAAAAAUAGGGGCAGUAGUAAUGGUCUCAGGUCAUCCAGUUGUUUCCGCCAAAAACAAACCACACUUGACAAGAGCAGAGCCGAAGAAAAUUCAACAGCGUGCACCACACUACGAGGCCAAUCGAACCUCCACACACUCGACAAAUCCAGCACACGAGUUACAAAACGUAAAACUCGCAACAAUCAUUAUCAAACCAACAAACAGGUAAGACUGACAGCUCGCUCUUACCAAGAACCUUGUAUAUCCAGUACUGUUCAACCCACUCAAGAAUCCAGUUUUAAUGGAAUUUUCGCUUCGGAAAACUUCUUGCAUUUAGACACCUUACACAAUUUGCAAAAAAGUAUUAACGAUAUGAGAGCCCGUAUAAAAAGAUUAAAUGAAACUAUUGAUUCCUUAAAGGAAAGUCAAAGCUCUGAGGAUGAUAAUGCGACAGCAGAGGAUUCCAUUACAACCACGCGUAGUGCGGAUGAUUCCGAUGUGCAUAUGAAGACAUUGACUGACAUCACUGACUUAGAAACUGAUAAUUUUAAUGGACAUACUGAACCAAAUGUGAACAAUAUCGCUUUUCCUGUUAUCGAAACUAUACAACCCGCCAAUUCGUACAUUUCAAACUUUGACAAUUUACCGCUUACUUUUGCCAAUGCUCAGAGCAUAAAUCUUAUCGAUCAACAUACGAUCCCGAACACUGGUAAUACUAUUCAGGAUCUGAAUAAUAACAAUCCAAACAUGACAUCGUAUAAUUUCAGAAGCGAUUUAAACCCAACAUGCGCCCAAAUGCAUCAGUAUAAUUUUAACAUGACUACAGAUUCAGUACAACCAAACAGCAACCAUACUUUUUAUGCUCAGAACUAUGUUAACACUAGAGGGAAUAACAAUACUGUAUGCAGUGUUAUUCCUUGUAAUGUACCACCUAUUUGUGCUCCACGAGUAAAUACAUCUUAUACGUCUGCAGUCGAAAAUUGUAUAUAUCCCAUAGAAAACGUUUUUCAAGGUCUGCAGAGUAUACCAACAGAAGUUAACAAUUAUAAUUGUUUGACGGCUAAUUUCCAACAAUUUAAUAGCCAGAAUAUAUUUGAUGGGCCGAAUUCAAACUCCAGUAGAACUGUGAUUGGAGGUCAGUUAAACAAAAUCCACGAAACUCUUCGUAACAACAUAAUAUGUAAUGCAAUUAGUACCCAGACCAAUGAUAAUCGACGAAAUAUACAAACUGAAACCGGCACUCAAAAGGAAACUGCAAAUACUAUUGCACCUACUACUAACGUUAUUGCCAAAUCAACACUUACAAGUAACUUUGCGUUCAAUUCAGUUUCAAGUAUCAGGUAUGAAGAAAUUUCAAGAAAAAGUUCAACUGAUUCUAACCAGCUAAUCAUAAAUGAAGACCCGAUAGAUUCGACAGAAGCCAUGCCCGAAGACAUAACACAAGAUCUUGUUAAAAUUUGGUAUGAUUUUUCUCCAGGAAAAAAAGCUGUUAUUCUUAAAUCUCAAGCCGUGUCUAAAUCACAAACUGAAAUACCAAGUAAUGAUAAAACAGCUCUCAAUUGCAGUAACAACACACAGUAUCAGAGAAACUUACAAUCAGAGUUCAACUUAGAAUCUCAGACCAACUUAGCAUCUCAGUCCUGUUUAAACACUCAGUCCAGCUUAGAAUCACAGUCCACAGAACCUUCUACCAAUAAUAAUAUUCCUGAAAUCAAUAUCAAGAAACGACGUGGUAGCUUGUUGCUUGAAGCACUGAAAAUCGAAGAAACUGCAAAUACUAACGAUAAGAAUUGUCAAAAAAGUAAAACGACACCUUUGAGUCGACGACAUAGUAAGAGUGUGCGUCGAAACGUCAAAGACUCGAUAGAACCUUUGGCUGACUGCAACUCUGAAAAUAAUUCGACCAACAAAGAAUCCUUGCCCUCUGUUAUUGUAGUGAAAAACCCGAUCAUAGCUGAGUCUACAAGUUUAAUGCAGAAUUCUCCUCAACGCAAAGAAAGUACUCCUAAAGCGGAUACCGUUGCAAAAAAAGACACCACUGAGAAAUUUACACUUACUCACCAAUUUGCUAAACCAACCGGCAACAAUGUCAAUUUCAAAGACGGGGACAAAGAUAAAAGUAGCAAGGAGAAUCGUGAAAAGAAGAGUUCCAAACACCGCAAUAAAUCUCGUUCAUCUAAACGAAAAAAAACCGAUAACGAUCGGAAUGAUAAAGAGAAACCAUACAACUCUAAAAAAAUGGAUGUAAGAAAAAAGGACCGAUAUGAAAGGCAGAACUUCAAUAGUAAUUCUAAUGUUAUAUUUGCUUUAAACCAACAUCAAGCAGGCCCAAGAAGCUAUUACAGAUACAUUAACGAUUAUGAUUGGCCAUACUAUAACGAAAGUUACAAUCACUAUGGCGAUGUAAGAAGUAAUCAUUUGGACACCACAUAUAGCCAAGUCAACUAUAAUUACAGAGUUCCGGACUGGCCUUAUGACACUACUACGAACUUCAGAAGAAAUAAGUACCAAGUUUCUGAAGAAAGACGUUCAAAAAAAACUACCGUACCUAAAAGGAAAGAGUCCGUUCUAGACCCAAAGCAACCCCCAUCUUCAAAGGCCACAGACAAAACAGAUGUUACCGAUACGUUAAGCAAAAAAGGGACAACACUUGACAAGCCGAGUUCGAAGCCUGCAAAACAGCCUAAAAAAUAUGUAGGACAUACAUCAAAGAAUCAGACACCACCAAAGAAAAUAUCUCGACUAAAUAAUAUAACAAAAACGACAAAUAAUGUAGAGACAACUCAAGACAGUGCCAAUGGCAAAAAAAGUCCCGUUUAUGUCUUCCGAGAUGGCACGUUUUGCGGUAUAUACCAUACUGAAAACCCGACUAGUCCCGACCCAGAAAUGGUAGAAACAACGCAACAGAAAUGGUAGAAAGGCAAUGUGCAUUGAAAUCAGUUAAUAAUUUAGGAAUAACGUCGGAUGUUUCGUCUACCAACAAUACAGAAAGAACCACUCUCACCACUAAAUCUGAAAAUAAAACGUCACUUUCUAAAUCCGCCCGAGAACUACAGACAACGUCGCCUAGUAUACGUAGAACAUCAGACAAAUUUAAUGUCGAAAAAUUUGCUCAAAACUUAAGAAAACUUGUUAAUCCCCACAAAGAAAGUCGGUCUGAUUUUCAAGAAGAAUCGCGCGGAAAUAAACAACACAAAGAGUUAGCGACGGACAUUUCAUCAGCAAUUACGAAUACGAAAUCAGCAACGAAAUAAAAUGAACAAUAACGUCACUAAGUUAAUUUUUAUAAAAUUUACAUCAUGAUCAAUGAAUGAUACACCAUGAAAAAAAAAUGGAAAUAAAUUAUUUUGUUAUUCCGCGAACCCAGUGGAGGUUAAAUUGUGCAAAAUAACUUAUUAUCGCUAACUUUUUUUUCAUGCAUUUAAUUUUUUUUAAUUCAACACAAGUGUUUUCUACGACUUAAUCCACAGAGUUCUCGGAAUAUCAAAUUAAUUUACUUCCAUUUUUAUUACAUGAACUGCCUCAAAGUAACCCCAAAUGUAUUAAUUUAAAAAAAUGAGAGACUUGCUAGUUUGUAAUUUAAUGAUUUCGCCUAAGAAAUUGUAAUAAUUGACAAUAAAAGUAAAACUAAUUAUAAGUUGUAAACUACGGUUUUUUAAAGUCGCACAAACUUUUUAUUUUUCAUUUAUUUAUAAUGCACAAGUACAUUACAUUCUAGCCAAAUAUAAGACUAAUAAGUAAUUUACAUCUCACUUAAUCAUAUAAAUAAACUAAGGAAACUAAGAAUUUACCCACUAUCAUUGCACCAGUCACACUAACUAUAUUGUGUUGUGUCCGGGGCGAAGACAUGUGUCUAUAGUUUUAAACAACAUACAGCGCAUGAUGAAUGCGUCCCCCGGAUUACAAUUCAACAUAUCUAGCAGUAUACAUGAUUUGAUAAAAAAAUAAUUAAAAUAAGUAUUACUAUAAUAUUGUGAAAAGCGUAUCGAAUGUGCAAUUUGAAAUUGUGUCAAGUCGGUACGUAAAUUUUAUUCACUGUUUAAAAUUGAUCUGUGAUCAAACUGUUUAUUACCAUUAAAGUAGGUUUCGCAUGUAAGCCAAGCGUCAAUUCUGUUUACA